AAAAUAGUAUUCCCUUAUUAUAUUAACAUAUACUACUAGUUAACAAUAUGAACAAGCUUCUUAGUUGCCUUGUCCUCAUCUUCUUGUAUAUGGUUGCAGCUGCCUCAUCCGCCACUCUUACGGUGAACUGGUCCCUUGGCACCGACUACACUCCCCUUGCCACAGGAAAGACCUUCGCCGUCGGAGAUACCAUCGUGUUCAGCUAUGGUGCGGGUCAUACGGUGGAUGAAGUAAGCGAGAACGACUACAAGAGUUGCAAUUUAGGGAACUCCAUUUCAUCCGACAGCAGCGGAACAACGACCAUAGCUCUCAUGACUACUGGUCCUCGCUACUUCAUCUGUGGAGUCCCCGGUCAUUGCGCCGGCGGUAUGAAGCUUUCCGUCACCGUCGCGUCUGCCUCGUCAAACGGUGUAGGAGGUGGCACCACUACACCAACCCCUUUCACCGGAGGUGCUGGCUACGUUCCCACGACCACACAGGCCAUUCCUUGUGCGGCUUGGGCCUUGUCUUUUCCAUUAAGGGCUUUGGUUGUGAAUUGGGCCGUCGUGUUUUAUGCUUUGCUUUGUCUUAGUUGAAAUUUUGUUGUAUGCGUUAAUGUGUGUGUGUGUUAGUUAUCUACCUAUCUUUCUAAUUAGGGGUCUUUUAAUUCGGAUAUAUAAACCUAUUUGAUCAGAACUUUUUGUUUUUUUUUACAUCAAUUUGAUCAGAACUAUACUGGAAUACUGAAACCAAAAUGAAUCUUGGUACAUCUAAAAUGGUUUUGGUCUUUUUAAAAAUCUCU